AUGACAAAUACAUCAUCUUUAUUAACAAAUGAAAAUGAUUUUUGUUCAAGUCCAAAAACGGUUACCCAUUCGGAACUUGAACGUUUAAUGAAAGAUACAGCUCAUUUACGUGAUCCAUCACUUAUAUUAGAAACUCCAAAUGUUUAUGAUCAAGCAGAAAGAAUGAAAUCAUUGGGAAUGAUUGACUAUGAACAAACACCUCGUACAAAAUUCUAUGAUCAUUAUUCCAAAUUUGACAUUAUCAAUUCUUAUUCAUCCGAUGAUCAUAAUGAAAAGCCAGGAAUGAUGAUAUCACCACUAACACCAACGACAACUACAAUUUCAUCUGUCGGAUCAUUUCAUCAUUCGUCGUUAAAACGAUCGUCUUAUUCACCAUCAAUGCUAAUAGCUCAAAAGCAUGUUCCAGUUGAAAAAGAAUUUUCAUACUAUAUUAAAGAUAAGGAUAUUGAUCAUUAUAGAAUGUAUCAAUCACCACUACCAUGUUCUCAUGAACAAUUUAAAAGACAACAUAAUCCUGAGAGUAGUUUAUGUUCGAUGUGUUGUCAUAGUGGUAAUCAUAGUCCAACAAAUUAUCAUAUCAAACCGGAGCCUAUGUAUUCAUAUUCGACACAAUCAUGUCCUCAAACACAUCCUCCUUAUUGUGUAAUGAAUUGUACAUCAGUUCUCCCAUUUAAUUAUCCAUCACAAUAUACACAAAUGGACGAUUCAUAUCUUCAUUCGCGUACAUCACAAUCAUACACCAUCGAUGGUAAUUGUUCAUUUCCUUUACCCCAACCAAUAUUCUUUUCCGAUGAUGAUCAACCCCAACCGCGAACAACAUUUUCUUCUUCUUGCUCAUCUUCAUCAUCUCCUCUACUAGAAAAAUGUCCAUCAACAGAAUUAUCGCAGACAGAUCAUUUUUUAUGCGAUGAUGAAAAGUCAAAUGUGAUUCUUGAUUAUUCAACUCAUCCAACAACAAAUUUAUCAGAAAAUCAUUUUUGUUCAACUGCUCAAAAACCGUUAAAAGUUCAUAUUACAAAAACUCAGGUAGAAAAACCAAUUAAAAAACGUUUGCCAAAAAAGAAACAAAAUAGUGUCUCAAAACGAGUUAUGGGAGCAAAUCAUCGACAACCAGUCUUGCAUAUAUGUAAAUUUGAAGGAUGUUCAAAGACUUACAAUAAAAGUUCACAUUUAAAAGCGCAUGAACGUACUCAUACGGGAGAGAAACCUUAUGCAUGUCCAUGGAAUGAUGGCGUUACGGCGUGUGGAUGGCGUUUUGCUCGAAGCGACGAAUUAACUCGUCAUUAUCGAAAACAUACUGGCGAUAGACCAUUCCAGUGUAAACAAUGCGAUAGGAAAUUUGCACGUUCAGAUCAUUUAACGCUUCAUAUGAAAAGACAUACUUAA